UUUCUUCUUCUUCUUCUUCUUCUAGAAAGCUUAAAACAUUUUGCUUCGAUUUUGAGCUUUAACGAAAGAGAAGACAAUGGCGGAUCGGUUCUUCGAUAACGUGAUGCCUGAUUUCGUGAAGGAAAGUGAAGCUGGAGGAGAUUCUCUUAGUAAUCUGCUCGUUAUGCCGUAUUCGUCUCUCUCGCAGCACCUCAAGCGAUCCGCUUUGGAUCUCAAAGAAACCGUAGUGAUGAACACUUGGGGUUUUAGUGGGCAGACUGUUGAAGACUUCACUCUUUACUCUGGAACACUUGGAGCUGCGUUUUUACUCUUUAGAGCUUAUCAGGUCACUAGAAAUGCCAAUGACCUUUCCCUCUGCUUAGAAAUCGUUAAAGCUUGUGAUGCUGCUUCUGCUUCCUCAGGGGAUGUUACUUUUCUCUGUGGCCGAGCCGGCGUUUGUGGUCUCGGCGCCGCUGCAGCCAAGCUUUCUGGUGAGGAGGAGUUGCUCAAUUACUAUUUGGCACAAUUUCGUCUGAUAAGACUAUCUAGUGAUCUUCCGAACGAGCUGUUGUAUGGAAGAAUUGGUUACCUAUGGGCUUGUUUGUUCAUCAACAAAUACGUUGGUAAAGAAACUUUAUCUUCGGAUACCAUUCGCCAAGUUGCUCAGGAGAUUAUCAAAGAAGGACGAUCAAUGGCUAAGAAUGGAAGCUCACCGCUUAUGUUUGAAUGGUAUGGCAGAAAGUACUGGGGUGCAGCACAUGGCCUUGCUGGUAUUAUGCACGUUUUGAUGGAUGUUCAGCUGAAGCCAGACGAGGCAGAGGAUGUCAAGGGAACCCUGAGGUAUAUGAUUAAGAAUCGGUUUCCAAGUGGAAAUUACCCUGCUAGUGAAGAGGAUAGAAGGAAAGAUGUUCUUGUGCAUUGGUGUCAUGGAGCUCCUGGGAUUGCCCUCACACUUGUGAAGGCGGCUGAGGUUUUUGGGGAGAGAGAGUUUCUGGAAGCGGGUGCUGCUGCAGCAGAGGUGGUUUGGAACCGUGGAUUGCUCAAGCGGGUGGGGAUCUGUCAUGGAAUAAGUGGGAAUACAUAUGUUUUUCUCGCUCUCUAUAGAGCUACAGGAAGGAGUGAGUAUCUGUACCGUGCAAAAGCCUUUGCCAGCUUUUUGCUUGAUAGAGGCCCUAAGUUACUCUCACAAGGAGAAAUGCACGGAGGAGAUAGUCCUUAUUCCUUGUUUGAAGGUGUUGCAGGCAUGGCCUAUCUCUUCUUUGACAUGGUCGACCCAUCUCAAGCCAGGUUCCCCUGUUACGAGCUUUAAACUUCUACAUAUAAUACAUCUCCAUAGUUUUUGUCCAUCGAAUCCUUCUCUCUAGUUAUGGAGGAGGCACAAGGAGAGAGAUUGUGUGUGCUUUUGUAAGCAAAAUGUUGUUGUUGUUUGAUGUGAGUCUGUUAGAGUUGGUGUGUAAUGGAAAUGUCUCGAGAUCUUUGUGGAGAGUGUUUAACUUUAUGAAUGUGAAACAUGAAGUGAACACAAAGGUUCGUCCUUUCUGUAUUGCCUUGAGUAUCACAUGGUUUCUUCUUGAAACAAGGAAACAAAGCAGUUA